AGUACGGUUUUGUGAAGGUAGGUCACCACACCAUUAUCAGAUUAGUCGAUGUUGUUUCUAGCUUCACGCAAUUUAGGACGAUCGAACGGACUCUAAGUUAGUGAACAGCAUCAAGACUGGGCCUCGUCAAGACUGGGCCUCGUCUAGCCUACCUUACGAAAAUGGACGGCGAGAGGUGCACGGAGCACGGGCCCACCCGUGCCGUAGCCUCGCCUCGGCGUCAAUCCCAGCCGUCCAAUCUCUCCUCAAAUCGACGUCUCUCGCACCACGGCUCUCUUUCCAACCGUCAAAUGGAUCGACUUGAUUCCCCCAGCAGCGCUCCCCAGCACGGCUCGCCGCGGUCGUCGCUCUCCCCCUCCCCCCUCGCGAGGCCCAGAGCGCGGGAUGACUCCAGCGCAGCCGCCUCUAAUGCCGCCCGCCCUGUUGCGCACACCAGGUCGGGGGAAUCCCCGCGUACGCGGCUUAGCAGCUCGGGGGAAUCCCCUCGUGCGCGACAGAGCAGCGCGGGGGAGUCCCCGCGUGCGCCUCCCGCGGUGCAAUCGCUUCGCAAGGAGGGUCUACAUGCGGGGUGGCAUCGACGGUCCUCGUCGCUCGGCAGCUCGCGCCUUGAGAUUGCCGACGAUCACAUGGGGGGCGAAGGGGACGAGGGGGAAGAGGGGGGGUUCAAUGCGGGGACCGACAGCGCGCGCAGCGACCAUCGCGCGGAUCGAUGGCGGCCGCCAAUGCAAACCGCACCCAGGCCAUCCCGGGCCUCUCCGCUUUCAGCUUCCCCGCUUUCAGCCUCUCCGCUCUCCCUUGCUCCCCUGGCCAUCCGCCAUUCGGACGCGGGCGGUACCAUGGGCUCCCCGCGAGCCAUGGGCUCCCCACGCGCCAUGGGCUCUCCGCGCGCUGUGGGCUCUCCGCGCGCUGUGGGCUCACCCCGCGGCGUCGGUUCCCCCCGGUCCAUCGGCUCUCCGCGAUCUGUGGGCUCCCCGCGGUCCGCGCGGCUCCGAGGUGCAGAGAAGGCUUGGGACGCCGUGUCGCGGCAGGACUCCGUCCGCAGCACCGGCAGCCACAAGGGCGACCGAACCUCGCACUCAGGCUCGGACUUCGAAGUGUCCAGUCCGCGCCGCGUCAACAGCAUCGGCGGUGGGGGAACAGUCGCGCGCGUCCGCAGCGGCAGCGGAGGCGCAGUGCACGACGGGGCUGGGGGAAAAGUGCUUUCACCGCCGAUGGGGAUCCCCCCGCGCCCCCGCGGAAUCAUGGUGAAAUCGUCCAGCCUGUCAGUGAGCUCGUUCGAUCAGCGGCAUCAACGGUCCGUAUCGUUCGAUCUGGGAAGCGACGACGAGCCCCAGGGCUGCGUCAGAAGCGCGUCGAACCCCGCGCUGCUGCACGUGCGGGGGGGAACAGGCGCAGGGGCGGGGGAAAGGGCGGGGGAAAGGGCGGGGGAAGGGGCGGGGCUAGUCAGUAGAGCGGCAGCGAGGGCGGGGACUGCGGGGCGUCGUGGGGAGGACGACCGGGGGGAUGAUAGCUCGAGUAUAGAUAGUCUCGAUUUGGAAGGGGAAGGGGACGACACGGGUCAAGGGGAGCAGGAGCAGGAGAGGUUUGGGCGGCUAUCGCACGCGGGGUUGACUCCGCGGGACUCCUCCUCCGCGCAUCCUUCCGUCCCCCACAACCGCUUCCCGCAACCCCCCGGAGCGCCCCGCGCUGCUGGCACCAGCCGCGCGGGUCCCGAGGGCGCCAUGCACCGGCGCUCGCUUUCCACGCCCGCGCACGACCUUGCGCUGCCCCUCAGCUCCGCGUCGGGGGAAGCGGUUGUGGCGGGAACCGUGCUGGCGCCGCGGAGGCAGGCUGGGGGAAUGGAUCGCAGCGACGAUAGUGACGAUAACGGGAGUGACAGUGACGGGGAGGGGGCGCAGGGUCAGAGGGGAGGGGCGCGGAACGGUUUUGCUGGUGGUACCGGCGCAUCUAGGGUGGGCGGAGCCAGUGGCGCGCUGGUUGGCGCAGGGGGAACGGGCAGGGGGGUGGGCGGUGAGGGGAGGGGGGAAAAGGGAGGGCGAAUGGGGGGAACGGGCGCGGGAAGGGGAGGGUCGUUCAGCAGCCCAAUAGCACUCACUGACGGGGGAAGUAGUGGGGGGUUUAGAGGGGUUUCUAGGGUAGACUCCGGUGGUAAUGCAAGGAGGGGUUGCGGCAGUGGCAGCACCACCACCAAUCCCCGUGGUGGCGGGGAAGCAGGAGGGAGAGUCGGUGCAUCUGAUGGGGGAGGGGGGAGGGGGCGCGGGCAGCCGUUUGUGAUGCAGUUUAAGGUUGCUGGUUUGCUGGGUGAGGGGGAGGAGGAGGAGGAGGAGGAGGAGGAGGAGGAGGAGGAGGAGGAGGAUGAGGAGGAGUUGCUAGACUAUAACGUCGGGAGAGAGGGGGAGAGGGGAAUGGGGGUAAGGCGGGCGGGGGAGAGAGCGGCGGGAAGAGGAGAAAUAAGAGAGGGAGCAGUGCGGGGAAGAGCAUUGGGCGCAUGGCCAAGGGGUGGAGCGCCAGUAAAGGCAGCAGUUGGGGCAAGAGGGGGGAGGAGGGAGGGUGGGGAGAGUGCGGGGCGAGUGGAGGGUUGGCGAGAGAGGGAGGAGCGGGCAGAGCGGGCUCGUGUGCUGGCGAGUGACAGUGAGGAUGCGAGUGAUGAGGAGAGGGCGGGAGAGAGGGAGCGGGAGAGGAGGAGCGGUGUGGGUGUGGACCGGGACAGGGGCGACGGGCGUGGCAGUGCAGGCAGUGAUGCACGGGGCAAGAUGGGCAGUGAUGCACGGGGCAAUGUAGGCCUUGAUCCGAGUAGGGAUAGGGAUGGCGGGCGUGGCAAUGUGGACCCGGAUCUGAGUGACAGUGAGGAGGAGGAGGAGGAGGAAGAGUUGCUUCAGCUGGCUCGGGAGCGGCAGCGGCUGCUGCAGGCGAGGCUCGGGCAGCAGAACGCCGCGUCUGCACGAGUGAACGGGCUGCCCGAGAAGAAAGAGGCGGGUAGCUUGCAGGGCGUAGGAAGAGAUGGGAAUGGGUUGCCAAAGGGAAGGGACAGGGAGGCGGGUUCGGUUGCAGGCGGUGCCAAGCAAAGGGAGAGCGGUGCUGUAAGGCUGAGAGAGGCAGGUGGUGCUUGGAACGGGGAGGGGACAGUGAGUGAAGGGAAAAGUGAGGCAAAGGUUACAGGUAGGGGAGGGGAGAGGGGAGCGGAGGAGGACGAGUAUGGGUUGGAGAAGGAGUGGGAGUGGGAGUGGUCGCGCGUGCGGCAGAACCAGCGAGUCACGGAGCUCAAGGCCCUGAGCCAAGGGUUUCUCUUCAAGAGCGCCUCUGUUGGGGGGCCUGCAGCUGCUGGUAGUGCGCAAGGGAGGGGCGAGGCAGAGGAAGAGGAGGAUUUGGAGGAGGAGUGGGGGGAGAGCCCUGAGCAUGCAUCUAGGGCGCAUUCGCUGCCUCGCGUGGGCGGGUCGGCAGAAUCCCAGCCUCUGGAGUUUGUGAAGUCGCGGUCUUUGUCCACUAGCGGCCGCCCCACCACUGCUGACUCAGCACCUGCUACAAGACGGAACCGGCAAAUGAGGGCAGCAGAGGGGGGGCAGCAGCAGCAGCAGCAGGUGAAGGUGAGGCCCCCGCCUUGGAGACAGCCCCAUGGGAUGAGUAGAGAGAGGGAGAUGGGCGAGGGAGAGGGUGCAGGGGGCGCAGCAGCAGGCACGGGAAGAAAGGCAGUGGGAGGGGAGGGGAUCUUAGCAGGAGAGGGUGGAGGGAGGGGGGGGGCUAUAGGGGCAGCGGUGCUGGGGAGGAGAGGGCUGGGCGUUGGGAGGAGUGGGCUGGCGGGAGGUCGGGUGGGGGAGAGAGUAGGGGAGGAGGGUGGACAAGGGAGCGAGGGUGGAGGGAAAGGGAGAGGGAGGGGUGGAGAAGGGAGUGGGAGGGGAGGAGGAAAGGGAGGUUUAGAGGAAAGAGUGAGAGUGCAGUGUUUGGGGGCAGUGGAUGUGGGCGCCGUGGAAUGUGAGUUGGAUGGAGCAGGGUUGGCUACCCAGGAGGAGCCUGCUUUGGAGAGGGAGCUCACGUUCAGGCUGGCCUGAUCCUUAUAUAAGUUUUGCAUCCGCUUUCGUCUCCGCAUGAAGCUUUUUUCCCUGCAUCACUUCUCACAUGUAGGCACAGCUGAAUGCAUGUACGAUGCAGGAGAAGUGGGCCCAUUACAAGUAUAAGAUAAACGUGUUCUAUGGUGGGCCCACUUUUAUAAGCAUUCAUUUAGAGGACAAUGUCUUACUAUCCCGCGCUAAAUGCCUGUACAGU